ACAAUUGACAAAAACUAAAGUUGCCUACUUCUAUUCCAUUUUCUUAUAUUAUAGACUUUGAUUUGCAAAUAGUUUUGUUAUUAUUAUUUUUUUUUGCGAAUGUGUUCUCAUAUAAACAGAAUAAACAGAACCAAUGAACCCCGAUAAGAAAAAAUCAAGCUCCGGUGAAACAACACCAAAAAGUUCACACAGCAAAUCAAUGAAAUCCUCAAAAUCUUCAUCGAAAUCUCGAACGAAAAGUUCCAAGUCUGAUAGUAGUAGCAAAGCCAACACAAAUGGCCAGACUCCAACCACUUCUACAUCCCAACCUGAAGCUCCAACAACUCCAACAUCCAGCAUGGAUUUGAGUAGAGAAAAAAAUCAUCACAAAGGAUAUGCUGCAUUUGGUCCACGAACAAUCAAAAUCAUUUGGGAACAGCAUGACACCAGCGAUACAGAUCUGAAUCCAGAUCUAUUGCCAAUUUUGGCCGAAGACGCUUCCUACAAAAUGUGGGAGUUAAUAAAGAAUAUUAAAACCUACUCCAUGCAUUCGGGUGGAUCUGUUACAAGUGACCUGGUAAAUGAGGUUCUCAAGGACUCUGACUGUCCCCCAGUUCUCGGGUCAAUGGACACUGAAUGGGAUCGCAUUGACUAUGAUGGAAGUUUCUUCUUUAAUUCGGAUAAAGUAAUCGAACUGCGAAAUGAAUACCAGAAAGACGUUGAAAUCGCAAUACCAAUGGGACCGCCUUUCAUGAGCACCUGGCCCCUUCAAGGAGGCUGCCGAGACAUGAUGCAAUCCUUCAUGCAAAGCGUGUUUCUCAUCACACUUGGCGGAAGUGAGCAGGAUUUUGAUUCUGUCCGCCAGUACGUCUACGCGGCUCCCUUCAUUGGAAGCUGUUUUCGAGUGCUUCUCAUUAAAAUGAUUCAGACACUUGCUUUCAAGCAAACUAACCACGUUAAGCGCCGAUGUUGGCGUCUUAUGCAAACCCUGGCCCAACAUCCUACCUGCCGAAAUGUCUACUGCCGAGAAGAAUUCUUCCAUUUAGCUGAGAUUUUUAUAUGUCAGCUCCUCGACACAUAUGAGGCUAAUAUAAAGAGCGAAUCAUAUUCUUCUGAUGUAAAGUAUACACCAAUGGAAACAGACGAAGUCUUUGUGCGGCCUACACAUCCAGGAAUUCGGAUAAAGUUGGAAGACAUCAAAGAAGAGGUAUUAGUCAAUUUAGUUGACGAAAAAUGCACAAUUAAAUCUACUGAAGGUGUAAAAGAAGAUUAUGUCGAUGAGGAAUCACAACAACCCGACCGGGUGUAUCGCCUGGAAAAAGAUGAUGAUGGUGAAAGCACUGCUGAUCAAAUGGAAGGCUUUGAGUUUUCAUCAUACUCAGCCGAUAAAGUAGAUCUAAAUCUCGUCGAUGAUUUGUGUGAAACUAUUGGAUUUUUCGGAGCCGUAAAUGAAUUCUUUAACACAGAAUGCAUGCAUCUGAUAUUGAGAAGAUUGCAAGCUUUCUUUGAUAAAAAGAAAACAUAUUUUUGGCCAAGUGAUUAUGAGUUCAUAAGCAGGGCUAUUCGAGGACUUUUUGCAUUGGGCGAGUAUGCUUUUCGGGAGUUCAUACCCUUUAUGCCGAUGAUGAAUAUAUUGCAGAUUGGUGAUAUUCCACAUUAUUUGCAGUGUGAAUUUGCGCGUUGUGCAAUUUUCUUACGUGGACAUGAUGACGUUUUUCUAUACGAAUGGCUAGAGGAAUUAUGCUCAUAUAGGCUUGUACCGUUCAUGACUCACUAUGCACAAUACCAUCAGAAGCUUAUCCGCAAUCGUCAUCUCAAACGUCGUGCUGCAACCUUUAAAAUAAUUCCCAAAAUCUCAGCAAAACGUGUUACUAUCGCAUCUUUCUGUUCACCUGCCACAUUUCGAAGACCGAGCGCUUUGGAUAGGUUUUUCCCACAUCGUGAAAUUCCUAUUAAAUCCUAUUCGCCAAUUCGUUUUAAAUUCGCUGGUUGUAGACAAAUUGCGGUCAAAGUCAAACCCAUGAGGCAUGUGCCUCAAACAAAUGGCAGCAGGAUGUUUGAAUCAUCGAGGGACAUUAUCAUAGCAAGAAGAAAACUCUUCAAACCUCUAACAGAUGAACGAAAAUGUGUCCAUUUAAGUAAUUAUCAUCUUUUAAGAAUCUAAUAAUAAUUAAAGAAAGUCUUUGUAGGAAUUAAAAGUC